AUGUCCCUGUCCCCAACCACAGGAAUGAGCAGGCUUUCAAUAGAGUGCAACUCGGCCCCAUCACGAGACCAAGGCCGGAUGCAGUCAGGUCGCCGAAGCUCUCCGGUGCCCGGUUCCGAGCACUCCUCGGAUGCAAGCGACUGGGAGGCUGGAGAGGAGUCAGAGGACGAGAAGGGGGAAAAUACAAAGCUUGUCUCCUCCCCAACGGGGCUGAAGUAUAACAUUUCCCGACUCUCUCCGCGGACCAGGGGGGUGGUCAAGGGGCUCUUCAACCAGGCUUCCUCGAACGAACCCCCUCAGAUAACGCUCGAGCUCUGUGGGAUAAGGGAAGAGGACACUGAAGACGACGGCCUCUUCUACGCGUUUCAGAUGCAUGAGGUGGUGCCUUGCUCCGUCCGAAUCGGCGCCCGAGACAGCGGGAGGUUCUCCGAGCCGAGAUGCGAAUGCCCGGAUGCUAAGUAUCGACAAAUGAGGCCGUGCAAGCACCUCAUCUGGCUAUUCGACAGGCUCUCGAAGCACAUCCUGUUAGACCACGAUCCCGACACAGAACUCACUUUGACCGAGCUUGGCUACGCUGAGGAGCUGGGAGACCCGUUUGAACAGAUAUCACAAAUACGCCUCGAUGUCUUGGCUGAUAGUCUCCGCUGUGACACUUCGGAGCCCGACAGUGAUACCGUUUCUCCCAACCCGGCCCGCGUGAGGGAGGCCCGAGAGAUGGUUGCCGCGGUGGCCGGGAUCCAGCCCUAUGAGCUCGAUGACUACCGACUCGAACUCGAAACAUCGUACGACCCCAACGUCCUGAUACGGCGCGGCGACCUCGGAGCCACCCUGUUCUCUCUCAUUCUCGCUUCACACUCGCUCGCGGAGUGGGUUCGUUCUGAGCUCGAUCCAUCCGAUCCAGCUGUCAACCCGUUUCGAAAGAUACAGCACCGGGUAGAUCGUAUCAUCCAGGAGUUGAAUGCAUACUCGGGAGCUCAGCAGGAUGAAGAAGCUGCUGAGGUAUACCAAAGGCGGGGAAAGCGGGCAGAAGGUUUACGAGAUGCGAGCUGGGCUUGUAAUCAGAUUGAACACUGCGUUACACAGAUCGAAAAGCUCAUCUCACGCGGCUCCAACCCGCUCCCCGAAUGGGCCCGGCCGUCGGCGGCCCGGGCGCUCGUCAGCAUCCUCAAGGUUGUCAUCCACAAUCGGGAACUGUACAGGCGCUUGAUCGGAGACAACGACGGCAACUUUGUCUACUCGGCACUCGACAUGCUGGCGGACCAGACCCAGUACAUCGACGCGCUCGAGGAGAUUUUGGACUUGAUCGGCGUCUAUGGCGCCCCUUCUUCCUACGUGGCCAAUAUGCGCGGCUUGGUCACACGUAUGCGGAGUCACAAACCCACUGAAACCACCGGCGCGGCGAACGAAAGCCGUGUCCCGCGGCGCGAGACACCGCCCUUGCACCAACCGACGCCGGGAGGCCCUCAGCAUGCCGAGUCGAGUCGCUCUGGCAGCGGACACUUCCUGGACCCCGGGCUGCCGGCGAGCUUGACAAGUGGCGGUCGAGGCGGCGGUGGCCGUGGUAGGGGAAAUGGGAGGGGCUCGAAACGUCCCGUGCCUCGAAGCAGUCCACAGGACCAUGCUAGAGGUUCCAGGAAGAGAGCGCGUGGGGCGUGA